GUUUACAACAUUUUAGUUAAAUAAUUAUCAAAGACUCAAGAAUUCUACGUCAUUAGUUCACUAUUUCGUGUUAUCGUAAUUUGAUAAAGAGUUUACACAGUGAGAUUUGAUAAAUACCGCAAAUUAUCCUGAAACGGUCAACAAAACCAGUGAUUAUUACCAGUUAUUACACAGAAAAACGUUUGUUUUCUACUGUGAUAUCAUUUCUGAAGAAAUGGUAGCCUCGAAGUCGGAAGACAAUGGCGGCGUUCGAGAGUUCCAGUUCCAGCAGAAACGGGUGGAGACCAAUUGGCAGGCCUUCAAAAGGCUCAUCUACGAUCCGUCGACCAACGCCGUUUUCGGUCGUACCGGAAAAAAUUGGGGUCAGCUUCUCACAUUUUACGCUAUCUUCUAUCUGGUUUUGGCCGCGUUGUUUGCCAUAUGUAUGCAAGGAUUGUUUGCUACACUCAGCGAUACUGAACCAAAAUGGCGGCUGGAAAGGAGUCUUAUUGGUACCAACCCUGGCCUGGGUUUCAGACCUAUAUCAGAACGAACAGAAGAAGGCUCGCUGAUAUGGUAUAACAUGACCAACAGCACGCAAGUGGUCAGAUGGGUGAAGCUAAUAGACGAAUUUUUGGAACCAUAUAACAAACCACAAACUGGUGAAAACUACGUGAACUGUGACUUCGAUAAGCCUCCAGAAGCGGGCAAAGUAUGCGUUACGGACGCUUCAAAACUUGGGAACUGCAACAGGAACAGGUCGUACGGAUACAGUACUUCGUCCCCGUGCUUCUUUCUCAAGCUCAAUCGAAUCUUCGACUGGACACCGGACUACUAUACGGAGGUGGUAUCUGACAUGCCACAGGAUUUGCAAAUGCAUAUUAAAGCGGCUAAAUCUGAGGAAGAAAAAAAGCAAAUAUGGGUUUCUUGUAACGGACAAAGCCCAAUGGAUGAAGAAAACGUCAAAGGUUUCAAUUACUACCCGCAAGGGUUUGCUGGGUACUAUUAUCCAUACAGAAACGUCAAAAACUACUUGAGUCCUAUCAUAGCAGUGGAAAUCUUAAAUGUUACACCUAAUGUAAUUGUGAGUAUUGAAUGCAGAGCAUGGGCCAAGAAUAUCGAAUACAGCGGCAGCGCAUUGACAAGGGCUGGAUCAGUCCAAUUCGAGGUCCAAGUUGAUGCUGACACAGUCAGCACUAAACUCGUCACUACCACAGAAGAGACUCCAGCCACUACACUUCCUACUAUCACCACCUCAUCAUAAAAAUCACCCAUAUCACCCAUGGCUACCGUACUUACUAUUAUAUUAUAAAUUAUAACGGUCUUUUUGUCGUGUAAGGUUGUGCCUUAAAUGUAUUACACAACUAUCGUGGUUGUCUAGAUACUUAUUUUUAUUGUUUACGUUUAAUUCGUGUAUGUUAUAUACUUCGAAAAGCUUUAAAAAUGUAUUUAGUUUACUUAUGUUAUGUACGUAUCAAAAUUUUAAACUAUUUUUUCAUAUAUGUAAGUCGAUGGUUUGAAAAACUGUUUAAAAGUAGUAGUUUUAGCGCGCAACUUAAUAUGGUUAUAUAGGUAACCAGUAAUACGCCGGUAUGUAUCUUGUGUUGCAUAAACUCUUUGGCGCGAUUAUUUAAAAUCACCAAGUAUUUUUUUAAACCACCUUAAUUUGUUUUUUAUGGUACUUAAGGCUUAAAUAGCGAAGUCACGUGUGUUUCUAGAAUUAAUAUAUUAAAAAUAAGUAAUUAUUUUUGUAAAAUGACCAAAAAAUCAGCUUAGAUUUGGUACAAAAGUUUUACAAGAAAAUUCAAGAUUUAAAAUUACCUUAAUUUUAAGUUAAAAGCUUAUAAGUAUUCUGUGUUCUCUGUACUACUAUUUUAUUUGAAAAAAAAACAUUAAUCAAAUAGGUAUAUUCUUAAACAACUAUUGUUUAUUUUAAUUUUAAGUAUAGUACUUCAAAGCUUACUUAAAUAAAGAAAAAAUAAUAAAGUUA